GCGGGCAAUGCAUGCUGGGAUCUGUAGUCAUAUGAAGCCAGAGACUCAUGACACUGAACAUUCCCCACACAUCUAUCCCAGCAAGAGCCAAGUCACGUGGGAGGCAGCUGCGCCCUCUGCGUCACUUCCUCUAUAGCUCCGCAUCCAAUCAGCUUUGUGUUUAUGUCGGGCUGCUGAAUAUUCAUGAGAGAGGCAGCAGGCAGGCGGCAGAGGGGAGCGGUGAAUUGAGGAGACAGCGACCCGGGCAGGACAGGGGGAGGCAGGCUGUGUGUGUGAGGUCUGGGCGGGGGGCUCUCUACAGCCUGUGUAGGCGCCAUACGUCUCUAUAUAUGCUGACAAUCCUGGUGGUGAGCUGCCUGUAGCCGCGGGAGCUGAGCUGUGCAGUGGCUGCUCUUGGUGGCAUGCCAGCGGGCCUUCAUCUUCUGCUGCCUCCGCUGCGUCUUCAUCCCUGACUCCGAAGGCAUUAAAUCCACGGCUGCCGGAGAGGACUCUGGGCGCCUCCCGAGGGACCUGCUCCCCUGCUCUUCCUUCUGUCUGCAGGGGAGAAGAAUGAGAGAGAAUGAGCCAGAGAGACACCCUGGUGCAUCUGUUUGCUGGAGGAUGUGGGGGCACUGUAGGUGCCAUAUUAACAUGCCCCUUGGAAGUUGUGAAGACAAGACUACAGUCCUCAUCAGUGACUUUCUACAUUUCUGAAGUUCAGCUCAACACCGUGAAUGGCGCCAGUGUUAACAGAGUGGCAAGAGUGUCUCCAGGACCACUGCACUGUCUUAAGAUCAUUUUACAGAAGGAGGGUCCACGUUCCCUAUUCAGAGGUCUGGGCCCUAACUUAGUGGGUGUGGCUCCAUCCAGGGCCAUCUAUUUUGCAGCUUACUCAACCUGCAAGGAAAGGCUGAACCAUGUAUUUGCGGCAGAUUCCACCCAAGUUCACAUGGUCUCUGCUGGGGCAGCAGGCUUUACUGCAAUCACAGCCACCAAUCCCAUCUGGCUGGUAAAAACACGGCUACAGCUGGAUGCAAGGAACCGAGGUGAAAUACGCAUGAGUGCUUUUGAUUGCAUCCGCAAGGUGUACAGGGCGGAUGGUCUGAAGGGUUUUUACAGGGGCAUGUCUGCUUCAUAUGCUGGCAUCUCUGAAACUGUUAUCCACUUUGUUAUUUACGAAAGUUUAAACGAAAAUUGCUUGGAACAUAAGAUUGCAUCAACCAUUGAUGAGGAUGAGGAGUCUGUAAAAGAAGCUUCUGAUUUUGCUGGACUCAUGUUGGCAGCCGCAACGUCCAAGACAUGUGCCACCUCAAUAGCUUACCCUCAUGGUGAGUGGACCUAGACAAUGUCAUUUCUA